AUAUAAGUGGCAUGAGGAGUUUAUUUUUGACAUUUAAACGGAAGACGUUUCAAAGAGUUAAAGAAAACCCCCCAAAGCAAUGAUGGUUGUGUUAGCUUUGCUCCUCUUAGUCGGUCUGCAGAGCAGUGCUCUAACAGCGACGUAUGACAUCAAGGGUUUGGAAGAUACAUCUGAUGCCCUAAAAAGGAGUGAUGUGUGCCAGGACUGCACCAAAAUAUUUGAGCUUCUUGAAGACAUGCUCUCCAGUCCUGACCUGCAGAAAAAGAUCUUGGCGGGCAUUGACCAUAUUUGUGCGCUCCUGCCCGGCCCCACCGCCUCACUCUGCAAGGAAGAGGUGGACAAGAUGCUCCCACUGGCCAUCACCUUCUUCACUGGAGUAGCGAAACCCGGAGAAGUCUGCAAAAUGCUUGGGCUCUGCAACUCCUGUCCAAACAGUGAGAUCCUGAGCUACUUUGUCAACAAGGCCCUGCAGGCGAAUCUGCAGAGUGACACUUCCGGACCCCAGUGCUCCUUCUGCCUCUUUUUUGUGAAGACUUUGGAGGAAAUGCUGCCUCAGCAGAGAACUGAGGAAGCCGUCGCCAAGCUGCUGGACAAGAUUUGUCACAUUUUGCCCCCCUCUUACCGUGGCCAGUGUGAGGCCAUCAUCGACAAGUUCAGCAAGAGCGUGAUGGAUGCCUUCAUCCACUACGCCACCCCCCAGACCAUCUGUGCUCUCCUGCACAUGUGCAAGCAGCAGGAGGAGGAGGAGGCCUCCGUUUUUGAUCCAUGCACUUUGACUUUAUACAGCUGCAGAGACACAAAGACUGCCCUUAAAUGUGGAACUUUAUUCUACUGUCAGAAAUUUCUCUGGAAGUCUGUGAACUACGACACGCUCUAACCUGAUCAGGUUCCGAGCUAAAGGAGAAUCAGAAUCGCUCAUCAUCUUCAAGCUGCAAAGCCGGAUUUCUCUCAUCUCUUUUUUUAUACCGUUUGAGUUUAGUUUACAAACUGUGUGAAUUAAACAAUUAAAGCCUAUUGGAAUUUUCUUUCUGGACAAAAAAAAAAAAAAACGCUUUUAAAGGUUAAAAGGACAUAUAAGCAAGGUGACUGUAAUCACGUUUCCUGUCUGUAGCUUUUCCAUUAAUUUAGUCAUGUAAUGGUUGAAAAACAUGAACAAUAUAACUGUAAUAAAAAUAAAUGAUCUUUGUCAACAA